GGCGUUUCAAACAUGGCGUCCGAAGACGCAGUUGCUAUUUGUCUUGAGGCAGCAAGCAAAUUAGAGAGUUUUCUAAAUGAUCCCGCUUACAAAGAGGCCAUUGAAAAUUCAGCGACCUACAACACAAGACUGUGCAUGGAACGCAGGAUGCGGAUGCCUUUUCUGGACUCUCAAACUGGAGUUGCCCAGAAUCACUCGAAUCUCUUUUGGAGUUCUCGCCAAAGACUGCCAGGUCUGAACGAAGGCCAAAUUUACUCUUACCCGUCAAAGAGAUGGAGAAAGAAGAGGAGACAGUACUUGAUGAACUGGAUGCAGCCUCGGAGGAAGGAGGCUGAAAACGACUUGGACCUGCACACGAUCAGCACGGUCGAAAAUCCGGCUGCCAUCAACGAAGACAGCAAAGACAGUGUGCUCAAGGAUGAAGUGGCAAAGAAUAUUCAGGAUGCCUGGUACUAUGAUGAAUUGGACAUCAACGACAUCGACAAUUUCGACGAGCCUGAUGCAGACUCUGACUACGAUUACGAGGAAUCGUACAAAAGAAACAAGCGAAGGCGCAGCUCCAAAACGCCUGGAAGGGUUGGUUUUGGGGAAAAAAUGCUGAACGAUUCGUCUAAAUCUUUUGUGCAGACUUCGCAGGGUACAAAUCGUGGUCGCAGGAAAAUCACUCCUAAUUACGACGCCGUCGGCGGAGACGCGGACAAGCCGUUCUCUUGCGAACUGUGCGGCGCCCGCUACAAGACCAGGCCUGGCCUCACCUACCACUACACGCACUCGCACAAGGACAAGGAGGAGGAUGACGACGACAGCAGCUCGGCCAACGCCUCCCUGCCCGCCACCUCCGGCGGGGCCUCUCCUAAGCCCACUCCGCCGGCGGCCCCAGUGGUCGCCCCCGGGGUGCCCGCCGGUCCUUCCGGCACCCCCGUGCCGCCGACCGCGGCGCCGCCCCUGGUGGCGCCGCCAGAAGUUGUCGGCCCGAACGCGCCUGCAGGUACCCCAAGGCGUGGUAGGCAGAACCUGAGUGCUUCCGGCAUGCCGAACCUGAUUCCGGAGGAGCCUCUGACUCCAACAGUGGUGAACGAGCGCAGGAAACCGCCCAAUUUGACUCCUGCCGAAGGAGGCGUGGCCAAGGACGAGCACGACCGUGCCAACCCGUCGCCCUACUGCGACUUCUGCCUCGGAGACGCCAACGAAAACAAGAAGACCGGCAGCUCAGAGGAGCUUGUAUCUUGUUCCGAUUGCGGCCGCUCAGGCCACCCAUCCUGUCUUCAGUUCACCGCUAACAUGAUCAUAUCCGUACGGAAGUACCGGUGGCAGUGCAUUGAGUGCAAAUGCUGCUCGGUUUGCGGAACGUCAGACAAUGAUGACCAACUGCUGUUCUGCGACGACUGCGACCGAGGCUACCACAUGUAUUGUCUGAAUCCGCCCCUGACCUCGCCGCCGGAAGGGUCGUGGAGCUGUCUCCUGUGCAUUGGCGAAUUCCACAAAAAGUGAAGAGGGUGGGCCGCGUGGCGUAUCAUUUAGUAGCUUUAAUUACGUAUACGUCAUGUUUGAAUACUUAAAUAUAAGUGGAUUAGCUCAAAGUCUCUAAAUGAAAUGAACCGCUCUCUUAAUGAUUUCAUAUAUUGUGUUUGCGAUCAAAUCAUAUAUAUUUUGAAAUUCCAUAUAGCCCGCCCUAUUGGGUGGUAUUUUUUAUUUUAUCCUGAUUUUAGUCCAUUUCAUCUAUUCAUUCAGUCUUGUGUUUGAAGCAGUAUUUUGUUGUAUAGAUCGUAAAAUGCAAAAGUGCUUUCGCCUACCGCUGUCUAUCUACCUCCGCUUCAAUAACACAAAAAUCGAUUAGAGCAUGGAAAGACAAUACAGCUAGCUGUUAUUGACUCUGCAAAAAAGACCAUGCAACACAUUUUGUCAGUAUAUAUAUAUUAUGAUUGAAAAGUGUCCAUUGAUCUAACAGUAUUUGUAUUUCUUAAUAAUAUAUUAUAAAGUGUAUUCUGUAGAAUUAAAUUUAAGUGAAGAUAA